AGAAUAAAUCCAGCGGUGCCUGCAGCUAGGUUUCCAUAGCAACGGCAACAAGAUUGUGGCUCAGGCAGAUUAAGUGGGGUGUAGAGAGCGGGGGCUCUCUGGUCAGUGUGGCAUGGGCAAUAUUCGAGUUUAUUACACCAGUGUGACAGGAUCCAGGGAGGUGAAGCGGAGGCAGUCUGAAGUCCUCCGCAUUCUAGAUGGAAAUAGCAUGAAAUAUGAAUUAGUGGAUGUGUCCAUCAGUGAAAGCUUGCUGCAAGAAAUGAGAGACAAAGUCGGCAACCCUGACGCGAUACCACCUCAGAUAUUUAAUGGAGAAGAGUACUGUGGGGACUUUAAGAUGUUGUAUGAAGCAACUGAAAAUGAAGAAGUUAGGGAGUUCCUGAAGAUGGCAGCUGCAAACAGUAUGACCAACAAAGGGAUUACAAUCUGAAGAGAUGUCUUCUUGCAGACUCAAGCAAGUUUCUGGAAACAUUAAACAUAUUUAUUAUCA